AUGGCCACAACACGACGAUCCGAGUCCCAUUUGUGGUGGCUCGCCCCUCUUUUCAUUAUCAUUGUAUUCGCAACAGUCGCUGAUUCCAUGUGUAAGUGGGGUUACGGUAACUGGAGAAGCCAGUUCGGGGUCAUCCAAUCUACUGACUUGAAUCUCUCUGUGCGAGCUGAGCCCCCCCCCCCCAAAGUAUAUAAUUUUAAGGGGAUAAUCCGAACACAAGCUUUGUACGGCUUCCACCCAAUCCGACCCACUUUCAGCAAUUCCCCUCCGCGAGGUCAUCCUCCAAUGGUCGGACAUCCCGGACGUGCUCUCCGUCGCCUAUCAACGACCUCCGAGAUCUUUCAACAUGGGCCCCGACGUCGUGUAAGUGGCUGCAUUCUGUCAAAUUCAGGAACUUUUUGUUUUUGUUUUUUUUUCAUAACCAAAACUUCGAGUGGGCGACGGAACCCAAAAAUUUGUCUGGAAAGCGUAGACUCUCACAGUGUUGACUGCAUUCCAUUUCACUCGCAAGUGCUCACUUCCUUUCUUCUCAAUCACACUCUUUGAAUAGUCGUUUAAUUUAUCCUGCCUACCACGAAUGGCUCCUACGUAUAAUCGCGUGUUUUCGUGUGUAGACGGGUUUGAAUAUUCGCAAGUUUUUCGGUGCUCUACACGAAAAUAAAAUACCGACAGAGUAUAUCUAGUAGUAUAGCAAUUAUAUACGAAUACGUAAAGCUGGGAGAAGCCCGCAAUGAUCUGAUCUUCUCCGAGAUAUGCGUCAAAGUUCGUCCGGCGUCCGCAUGACGGAUUCAGAACAAUACGAGUCACUCGACGACUACAAUUCGAAUCAUUUCAGACACGAGAAGCCACGACCCCUCCGAUUCGGAUGA